CCGUUUAGAGAUGCUCUAAGUCUAGACAGAAAGGGGGGUUUAUUGCGCUCUGACUCACAUGUCGAAUCCCGGAUCAAUGAUUCAAAAUGAAAAACCCCUGUGAACUUACCAUCUUCGCGUCUCUGACCUCGGAUUCUCGAUCCUCCUAUCUACAACCUCCCUCAUGCCGGCGGCCUCUGCUCUACCCCUGUUCUUGGCACUCGUUUCUCUCGGAUCCUCCAGCAAAGAUCGAGCGCUCGCUGACGAUUGCCCCCUGAACUUUAGUUGGUCAAACUUCACUUUAGCAUCUUCUUUUUGUUCAAAUCAAGAUGAGCAUGGAAAGUGCUGCCGUUAUAUUAAUGGUUUCAUUGCAAUUUCAAUUGCACAUUUUGCAAGCACAACUGGAAGACUGGGUGUGCCACCAGCAUUCACUGAAAUCUGCCUCAACUCAAUUUCAGAAAAUUUCAACUUGCUUGGAAUACCCAUUUCUGCCACUAGCUACUGUGGUUUGGGGCCAAAAAUUAGAGUAUCUUAUCAGUGCGAAGGCAGAGCUACUGUGUUGGAAAUGAUGCAAUCUCCCAAUUUCAUUGAUGUUAUUCAGACCUGUAAAACACCCCUGUCUCUGAACACUAGGUGCAAACAAUGUCUAAACUCUGGCAUCAUAUAUCUUCAUCACCUUAUAGCACAAGAUGAUAAUGUCACUCUAAGUGUCUGUCGUGAUGCACUUUUUGUGACACUUGCAAAUCAAGGUGGCAGUUUUUCUGCUAUUGAUAUGGCAGCUUGCUUCUAUGGGGUCCAAGGAUUCAAUAUUGUUCCAGGUCCAUCCUCUCAAUCAGUUAUACCUGUUAUUACUCCAAGUUCAACCUUCUCUGAAGCUCCAAAACAACAGAUAAGUAUCACAACAACAAACAAGAUUCAACACGCUUACCACCUUUCUCUGGUUCUAAGAAUCGGUAUCGGUGUGAUAGCGCUUACUGUCUUCUUACUGCUGAUCUUGAUACAUCUCAUCCGCAAGAAUAUCAAAGAACUAAACAGUUUGGGUGAGGGAGACAUCUUGGAAAAAUCACAAAAUACUCCACCUGUUAAAAUCCAGAUGGCUCGAAAAGGUCCAUCAACUAUGCUUCGAAGAUUCACCUACAAGGAAAUCAAGCUAGCAACAGAUAACUUUAGAACUGUCAUAGGAAAAGGUGGAUUUGGAACUGUCUACAAGGCUCAAUUUGCAGAUGGCUCUCUAGCUGCUGUUAAACUGAUGAAUAAAGAUUCAAAGCAAGAUGAAAAAGACUUUACCCGGGAAAUAGAGCUUCUUGCUAGACUACAUCAUCGCCAUCUGGUCACUCUUAAUGGUUUUUGUAUUGAGAAAAAUGAGAGGCUUCUUGUUUAUGAAUAUAUGGAGAAUGGAAGCUUAAAAGAUCAUCUUCAUUCAACAAGAAGGAAUAGAUUAAGAUGGAUGACUAGGUUACAAAUUGCAAAUGAUGUGGCCAAUGCUCUGGAAUAUCUCCAUUUCUAUUGUGAUCCUCCUCUCUGCCACAGGGACAUAAAGUCGAGUAAUAUUCUUUUGGAUGAGAACUUUCUGGCGAAGGUAGCGGACUUUGGUUUUGCACACGCAUCGAAAAGCGGUGCAGUUUGCUUUGAGCCAGUAAAUACAGAUAUCCGUGGUACUCCAGGAUACAUAGAUCCUGAGUAUGUGGUGACUCAAGAGUUGACAGAGAAGAGCGAUAUAUACAGCUAUGGUGUUUUAUUACUGGAGCUGGUCACUGGGAGGAAAGCAAUACAAGAUAAGAGGAAUUUAGUGGAAUGGUUUCGGAACUUCAUGGCAGCAGAUUCUAGUUUAUCUGAAAUGGUCGAUCCUGCUGUUGGGGAUUCGCUUAAUUUUGAGCAGCUCAAUAUGAUGGUAGGGAUCAUACAGUCGUGUACUCAUCAAGAAGGGCGUUUAAGGCCAUCAAUCAAGCAAGUACUGAGGAUUUUCUCUGACCAUCUGGAUACAGUGAAAAGUAAUUUUACAGAAAACCAAGAUGAUCAUUAUCUUGAGUGAAAUGCUAGCCAGUAUUAUAGAAAUAUGAAGUGAUUCCUUCUAGUGGCUAAGAAAGUGAUUUCUUCAUGAAGGUCAGCUAAUGCCAUCAAGCGAGUGCCAAGGGUGUUCCCCAAUCAUUUUUAGGUGGUCUUUCUGAAAUAAAUACAGUAGUUACUAUCCUGAGGGAAAGACUAGUUAAUUCUACAUAAAUAUGAAGUAAUCCACUGUGGAAAUCAAGGUGUCCAUAAUUUUCUUGACGUGUUUCUUGGCAACCCUGCUGUUUGGCAAUAAGAAGAUCAAAGCUCCAAGACAUAACAGUGAUUACAACAACCUUAUCCUUGAAGGUUCCCUCUGAUUUAUCUCCAUCCUAUAUAAUUUGCUGGGAAUAAAAAUAUUUCAGCUUUAGCUAAGUUGUUUUGUUUUGUGAAAAGAGAAUAAUGCAUCAUUCACUAGUAGAUUUGGGUGCUCUUGGUUGGUUUGUUGCUACUUCCAUUCACGAGUAGUAAUGUGUUAUGAAAAUUGCUUUCGGAAUCUUUUCAUUUUCAUUGAAUGCAGUUGUAUCUUAUCACAUAUGAUUAAAAUUCUCUAGAAAUUACUGUUUAGAAUGAAGUUAUCA